UGUCGCUCCCGCUGAGUCUUUUUUGUCUACCUGCCGACUUCCUCCCCCACCUCUUCUCUCGCUCUUCCGCUCCUCGCCGCUGAUCGCCCGAAACCUAAACCCUAGAUCGUCCCCGGAGGUCCACCGCCAUGGCUUACGGCAGCUCCCAUCCCGUUCCAGAGUCUUCCGAUCAGCGGCAGGGGCGCCUCUACAACCCAUACCAGGACCUCCAGCUCCCGGCCAAGACCCUCUACAAGCUCCCCACGUCCCCGGAGUUCCUCUUCUCCGAGGAGUCCCUACACCAGCAUCGCUCCUGGGGCGAGAACCUCAGCUUCUACACCGGCUGCGGGUACCUUGGUGGCUCCAUCGCCGGAGCCUCCCACGGCGCCUUCAACGGCAUCAAAUCUGUCGAGUCCUCCGACACUCUUAAGCUCAAAAUCAACCGGCUCCUCAACUCUUCGGGUCAAUCGGGACGGGCCUGGGGCAACCGGCUUGGUGUGAUUGGGCUGAUCUAUGCGGGGAUUGAGAGCGGGAUCAUCGCAUGGACCGAUAGGGACGACUUGUGGAGCAGCUUCGGGGCGGGGCUCGGGACCGGCGCGUUAUAUCGGGCGGCAAGGGGGGUGAGAUCUGCUGCGGUGGCAGGAGCUCUUGGCGGUGUGGCAGCAACAGCCGUGGUUGCCGGGAAGCAGGCAUUGAAGCGUUAUGUGCCGAUAUAAGGUCUUUCUUGGCUGCUUUACGGUCUAUUCUUAAGAUAGGUGGUUCGUCGCUCGCAUUUGAGUUAUUCAUUGAUUGCACUUGGAAGAAUAGUGCCCAAUUUUGUCUAAAUGUCUUCCAAUAAGUAUCGGAAAUGAGAAAGGUACGAGUGCUUACCGGUUUUAACUGAGACCGUGUGAGAUGUUGAGUUCAUCUUCCUGGAUUUUGUGCAGUUGUGAGGGCAAUGCGAUUGGCAAAUUUUUAUCGCAAAUAAUCAUAUAUAAACUGAUCUCUGUUCAUACUGAUCGUUUUUUAAUACAUGCGAAAAUUGCUUGAA